AUGAACAUGGACGGGACGGGACGGCGGGUGCUGGUGGAGGACAAACUUCCUCACAUUUUCGGCUUCACUCUGCUGGGCGACUUCAUCUACUGGACCGACUGGCAGCGCCGCAGCAUCGAACGCGUCCACAAACGCACCGCGGAGAGGGAGUUCAUCAUCGACCAGCUGCCCGACCUCAUGGGCCUCAAGGCCACUAACGUACACAAGGUGUUCGGUACGAACCCGUGUGCGGAGAAUAACGGCGGCUGCAGCCACCUCUGUCUCUACAAGCCUCAGGGCGUCCAGUGCGGCUGUCCCAUCGGCCUGGAGCUCAUCGCCGACAUGAGGACCUGCAUCGUCCCCGAGGCCUUCCUGCUCUUCUCACGCCACACCGACAUCCGCCGCAUCUCCCUGGAGACCAACAACAACAACGUGGCCAUCCCGCUCACCGGCGUCAAGGAGGCCUCGGCGCUCGACUUCGACGUCACCGAUAACCGUAUCUACUGGACCGACAUCACUCUGAAGACCAUCAGCCGGGCCUUCAUGAACGGCAGCGCUCUGGAGCACGUGGUGGAGUUCGGUCUGGACUACCCGGAGGGCAUGGCGGUGGACUGGCUGGGGAAGAACCUGUACUGGGCCGACACCGGCACCAAUCGCAUCGAGGUGGCCAAACUGGACGGGCAGCACCGGCAGGUCCUGGUCUGGAAGGAUCUGGACAGUCCACGAGCUCUGGCUCUGGAUCCCGCUGAAGGGUACAUGUACUGGACUGAGUGGGGCGGGAAACCAAAGAUCGACAGAGCGGCGAUGGACGGGACGGGUCGGAUCACUUUGGUGGCCGACGUGGGCCGAGCCAACGGACUGACCAUCGACUACGCAGAGCGCCGCCUCUACUGGACCGACCUCGACACAACGCUCAUCGAAUCGUCCAACAUGCUCGGUCAGGACCGCGAGGUGAUAGCCGACGACCUCCCUCACCCCUUCGGCCUCACCCAGUACCAGGACUACAUCUACUGGACCGACUGGAGCCAGCGCAGCAUCGAGCGGGCCAACAAGACCAGCGGUCAGAACCGCACCGUCAUCCAGGGCCACCUGGACUACGUCAUGGACAUCCUGGUGUUCCACUCGUCCAGACAGGGCGGCUGGAACGCCUGCGCCUCCACCAACGGACACUGCUCCCACCUGUGCCUCGCCGUGCCCGUCAGCAGCUUCGUCUGCGGAUGCCCCGCCCACUUCUCCCUUAACUACGACAACAAGACCUGCAGCGCCCCGACGUCCUUCCUGCUGUUCAGCCAGAAGACGGCCAUCAACCGAAUGGUGAUCGACGAGCAGCAGAGUCCCGACAUCAUCCUGCCGAUCCACAGCCUGAGGAACGUCCGGGCCAUCGACUACGACCCGCUGGACAAACAGCUGUACUGGAUCGACUCCAAGCAGAACGUCAUCCGCCGAGCUCAGGAGGACGGAAACCAGAGCAUGACGGUGGUGUCGAGCUCUCUGACCGGACCCAGUCAGGGUCUGCAGCUGUACGACCUGAGCAUCGACAUCUACAGCCGCUUCAUCUACUGGACCAGCGAGGUCACCAACGUCAUCAACGUCACCCGGACGGACGGCAGCAGAGUCGGCGUGGUGCUGCGAGGAGAGCACGACAAGCCCAGAGCCAUCGUGGUCAACCCGGAGCGAGGGUACAUGUACUUCACCAACCUGCUGGAGCGCUCUCCGAAGAUCGAGCGGGCGGCGCUGGACGGCACAGAGCGGGAGGUUUUGUUCUUCAGCGGUUUGGGGAAACCCGUCGCUCUGGCCAUCGACAACGAGGUGGGGAAGCUGUUCUGGGUCGACUCGGACCUGCGACGCAUCGAGAGCAGCGACCUGUCAGGAGCCAAUCGGAUCGUGAUCGCGGACUCCAACAUCCUGCAGCCGGUGGGUCUGACGGUGUUCGGGAACCACCUGUACUGGAUCGACAAGCAGCAGCAGAUGAUCGAACGCAUCGACAAGACGACGAGGGAGGGACGCACCAAGAUCCAGGCUCGCAUCGCCUACCUGAGCGACAUCCACGCCGUCCACGAGCUGGACAUGAGGGAGUACGGUAAACACCCGUGCACCUGGGACAACGGCGGCUGCUCCCACAUCUGCAUCGUGAAGGGAGACGGGACGACUCGCUGCUCGUGUCCCGUCCACCUGGUGCUGCUGCAGAACGAGCUCACCUGUGGAGAGCCCCCCACCUGUUCCCCGGAGCAGUUCUCCUGUAAGUCCGGCGAGGUGGACUGCAUCCCUCAGGCGUGGAGGUGCGACGGCUAUUCCGAGUGCGACGACGGCAGCGACGAGGACGACUGUCCCGUCUGCUCCGAGUCCGAGUUCCAGUGCGACAGCCGGCAGUGCAUCGACCUGAGCCUGCGCUGCAACGGAGACAACGACUGCCAGGACCGCUCCGACGAGAACAAGUGUGAAGGUGAGGCAGUUCGAUGUCCCGCCGACCAGUUCACCUGCUCCAACGGUCAGUGCAUCGGGAAACACAAGAAGUGCGACCACAACAUGGACUGUACGGACAACUCUGACGAGCUCGGCUGCUAUCCGACAGAGGAGCCGCCUCCUCCGUCCAACAACACCAUCGGCUCCAUCGUGGGCGUGGUCAUGGCGCUGUUCGUGGUGGGCGCCGUGUAUUUCGUGUGUCAGCGCGUCCUCUGUCCCCAGAUGAAGGACGACGGCGAGACGGUCACCAACGACUUCGUGGUCCACGGGCCGUCGUCUGUGCCGCUGGGAUACGUGCCGCACCCCAGCUCGCUGUCCAGCUCGCUGCCAGGUAUGUCCAGAGGGAAGUCUGUGAUUGGCUCCCUCAGCAUCAUGGGCAGCAGCAGCGGGCCCCCGUACGACCGCGCUCACGUCACCGGGGCCUCGUCCAGCAGCUCGUCCAGCACCAAGGGCACCUACUUCCCCCCGAUCCUGAAUCCUCCUCCGUCUCCUGCCACGGUCCGCUCCCAGUACACCAUGGAGUUUGGUUACUCCUCCAACAGUCCCUCCACACACAGAUCCUACAGUUACCGCCCCUACACCUACCGCCACUUCGCCCCCCCAACCACCCCCUGCAGCACGGACGUGUGCGACAGCGACUACACGCCGGGACGCCGGGCGCCGCUCAAGUCCAGCGCCGCCGCCGCCAAGGGCUACACCAGCGACCUCAACUACGACUCGGAGCCUUUCCCGCCGCCGCCGACCCCCCGCAGCCAGUACCUGUCGGCGGAGGAGAACUGUGAGAGCUGCCCGCCGUCGCCUUACACCGAACGCAGCUACUCCCACCACCUCUACCCGCCGCCGCCGUCGCCCUGCACGGACUCCUCGUGAGCUAACCCCCCCCCCUCCCUCGGCACGGCUCCGCCCCCUCACUGUAAAUAGCAAUUGUGCAUAUAAAGAGGUUAAAAAUGGGAAGAGAGACUGAUGAGGAGGCGCGAGACGAGAAGAGGAACAAAAAAGGAGGAGCUGCAGAACAUUUGUACAGUGAAAAAGAGAAAAAGCAUAUUUAUAUAUUUUCUAUACAGUGUUUACUGAUGACGCCAUCGAGGUUUGUAUUAAGAAAUUUGUAAAUUUUUUUUAAGAAAAAUGUUUUAUUAAAAUCAUCACAAAUAUAAGUUGCCUUAAAAGCAGGAGGAGAACGAGGCUGAAGGACAAACAGCAGGACGAUUUAACUUAUCCGAUGCCAAAUAUGAAAAACAUCAAUCGCUACAGGAGAAGAAGAGAAGAGCCCCCC